ACUGACUGAGCACGUGGGCGUGCACAAGUUUGCGUUCAGCGAUAAGUUGGUACAGUGUGCUACUACUCGCUGCAGGCGAUCCAUCGUUCAUCGUUCCGUCUCCCAGAUGUGAUGCCAACACCACCUCUGAAGGGGGAAGAAAAUUUUGAAAGACGUCGAACCAUUGCGCACUUGUGAAGUGCAGCAUUGGAUGUGCGAGCCUCCUACCGUUCUCUAGUUGUAUCCAUAUGUACAGAGUCUACAGAGAGCUGUAUAACUAUAGAGGAUAUGCCGAUGUUGACUAUUGCUAUGAUGUUUUUGCUGUGCGAGACUCCGACAGGCUAUGAGUGCUGACGUUUGAAGUGUCAGAUCUUACAGAGGAAGGCACAUUAGCUUCUUGGUCCUUUCCUUUCCUAGUACAGGAGCUUGGGUUUCUUCGUUCUUAGUUAUUUCUACUCUAUAGUCUUUCAGUAUAUACUACUCUGUAGUCCUUUUUUUUUCUUUUUUUUUUUUCACCAAACACACUCGCCCCAUCUGUUCUGGGGGCCACUAGCGCGGUUGUGCUUUACCGGCAAGCUAAGAAUUCAGAGAAACAGACUGAAAAGUCAGGAAAAAGCUCAGACCAGAAAGUAUAGGUAGGGUCCUUCCUGGCCGGCCCUAGUCACCUGCCUACAGUGGGGCUAUGACACGGGGGCUCUUUCCCAAACCUCUGUAGUCUUUCAGGAUAUAGUAUAUACUAGUUGGCUAUACAGUGCUUCGUUCUCUUUAUGUUUAUGUCUAUUCCACUCUAUAGUAGAGUCCAUUGUCUUUCAGUAUAUACUAGUUAUACUCUAUAGUAGAGUCCAUUGUCUUUCAGUAUAUGCUAGUUAUACUCUAUAGUAGAGUCCAUUGUCUUUCAGUAUAUGCUAGUUAUAGCAUGUCUAUACUAUACUUUAUAGUCUUUCAGCAUAUAGUAUAUACUUUAUACUAGUUACUAGACCAUUGGCACUGUAUAGCUUGUAUGGUAUGGUUUGCAAUUUGCUAAACAUUCAGUGUAUUGCAGGUAUUGGUCUUUGGGAGUGGGAACAACAGCUCAGCAAGGAAGCACAGUUCAUUGCAAGUCCCUUGGGUACCCAGCCUGAGGGAAUUGUGAUUUCAAGUUCCAUGGCUGGAAGGAGCUAAGACUUUACCAGUUGGCUAGAUUUAGGGCACCUACUCUCACCCGAAUUUCAUGGACUGCAGUUGACUGUAAAUGCCCAUCGUGCACACUCUUGAAAGUCCUGUUGUGAACACAAACUCGACCUAAGUGUUGCGGUCCUGGAGUGUUCCUGAGCUCUGACAGAUAAGGCUCACGUGACUUUUCCGCGUCGUUUCCUGGUCCAUCUGAUGCCCGGGGAGGGGGGUGGGGUUGGGGGUUGGGGGUUGGGAGUUGUGUGGCUUCAGAGAUCACUCCAGAUGGAGGAAUGAAUGAGCAGGACCACCCUCGCUAAGGAGACUGUUCUCUCUCUCUCUGAUGGCCAGAACCACCUACAGAACACUCCAGUUUUUCAUACGUUGUACGUUGCUUGGCAAGUGCGAUGCGCCUGUCCAAUUGCUUCAUGAAGGCAAAUGUUAUCUCAUCCGUCCCGCCUGCAUCAUCUGAGACUGGAUUCGGGUCCUCCAUCCGCACUGGGGCGCGUGCAGCGCAAUACGGUGGCGAUCUUUUACAUGCCGGAGUGAAAGGAGACAGCUCGUAAAAGGCGGAUGCUAUUCUCUCUUCCUAUCCGCUUGUCACGCAAUUGAUCUUGCGAAGAUUACGCUCGUUGUUUGUUUUCCUCUCCUCAGAGUACUCUGCAGCUGAUCAUGGCGACGCAUUUGAUGGCUACAUCGAUGCCGAGCGUUGCAGGAUGCAUUGCCACUGCGUCGUCGCAGGACUUUGAGCUUCAUCAUGUCACCAUGGGUGGGUGUGGUUGCUGUGCCAGCAGUAAGGCGAUGGCGAUCAGAGACGGAGGAAGAUUGCCAUGGUGGCGCCAGCAGCAUGGGCAACCUGGUUAUCGUUCUGCCGAUUUGGUAUCGUGGCUCGCUCCUGCAUUUCCUAUCGCCUUUCGACUUUGUCAGUCGCAACCGGCCACAAGGCAACAGUGUCUUGAGUCGCCGGCUCGCACAAUUCGUCCAUGGAGAGGCAGAGUAGGUAUCCAGAGGGUCCAGAGGAAGAAUGUCUUAGUUGCGAUGCAGCAACAAUGUCCAGGGUCCAUGGAGGGUCAGCACCACCAGUGGCUUGGCCCGGGGUCGCUGGCCCCGGCGACGUUACGUAGGGUAGGCUUGUUCUCUGGUGAGAAGGGGGGGAUGGUUUUUAGUCGGCCAAAUGCGCACUUGCGUCGCUUUGGCAGCUGUGCUGCCAGGCAGGCAUCACUCAUCCAGGGGGGGAAGCACUGGAUGCCGUAUGCCUUCUCGUGCGCGUAUCGGAAGAGGAACAGCAGUUGCAAUCCAGGUGAGGGGGUUGUCAUUGCUUUUUCGUAUCGGAUUCCGAGGUCGAUGCCGAAGCAUGGGGACGAGGUUAGUCGUUGGCCAGUUGGUGGAUGCCGAGGCCGUGCUGCACGAUCGGCAUCUCCUGGCUGUACACACGUCGGCAAGGCGUUGCGCACUGCUGCUCGUCGUAGCCUACGUAGGCCACGAGGCAGAGGCGGCGUGUGCCAUGCUUUUCAAGGGCCUGGAGGUGGUCGUUGGCCAUUUCGUCAAUGGCAAGGCCUUGCUGCACGGUCGGCAUGUCCUGGUUGUGCACGCAUCGGCACAGCAUUGCAAACUGCCAGUCGCCGUAGCCUAUGUAGGCCACGAGGCAGAGGCGGUGUGUGCCAUGCUUUUCAAUGGCCUGGAGGUGGAGGAGGAGGAGGGGAUGAUGAUGGGAAGCUGAUGAGGCAAGUAGUGAAUAUCACGAUCGCUGGUGGCCUGACCUAUCUCCUCUUUACGGGUCGACUUGGUUGGGUGUUCGAUACCAUUCUUUACCUUUGGCUAUUUGCAGCUCUAAUUCCUUUCGUAGGCUUCUUUGCCUUCAAUUGGUGGCUGGAGCGCAACCUCGUACAGGGACCAUGCCCUACCUGUGGAUUCGAUUGCCAAGUGAUUAAGGGCUUUUUAGGGGAAGGGGACACAUCUAUCUGUCCUAACUGUGGGCAGUUGUUCAGGGUUGAAGGAAAGAGCUUUGUACGAGACACGCCAAGGUGGUCGGACGAGGACGCCUUCGGGCAACAAGGUUUCUCACCGUUCUCCUCGUCGAGUCGAAGGGAUGAUGAUGGUCCGGGAGGAGGACCUGGUGUGAUCGUUGACGUGGAAGCGGAGGUUCUUGAUGACGACUAGGAGAUCUACUAACACAGGGUGUUGACAAUUGUAUUGUUUUAUGAACUUUUAUCUACCUGAUUGCUUUUCUAAGGAAUGAAUGGAAGAUAUGGUG